AAACAAUAAAUGGAGCUUCAAUUCGGUGCAGGUGGUUCGACACUUCGAGAAAGCUCCAGCGGCAACGACCGCCUCAUUUUUGAAGCUCUCGUGAUAUUCUAGAACCACUUUAGGUUUGAUAAUUCCUCUAUUACAUAUGAAAUGAUUUCCUAGUUAAGAGAAGUCUCUUGACUUUUAAUUUUUCCUCACGUUGAAUAUUACCUCCAAUUCUUCACGCCUUCACGAUGUUAGCGAGAAGCCAGUUACUUAGAUCUUCACGACGAGUCGCCGACGCCUCUUCAAGAGGGCUCGCGCGACUCAACACAACACCUUCACUAAUAUCCAGAGCUGCGCUUGUGAACACAGCGAAGCAUUUAUCAAAUGUCACCUUACCGACUCCCACACAUCGAACCUACGCAAAUGGCCGACCUCAUCCGCCGGGUGGUACCCAUCGAAUGAAUAUGGGUGGUGAGCCCGAAAAACCGGCAUUGGAACAAUUUGGUAUCGAUCUCACAGCGCGAGCAAGAGAUGGAAAAUUGGACCCUGUAAUUGGCAGGGACGCCGAAAUCCAGCGAACAAUCCAAGUUUUGUCGAGACGAACGAAGAACAACCCAGUCCUAAUCGGAAGUGCGGGGACGGGAAAGACUGCAAUUUUGGAGGGUUUGGCGUUGCGAAUAGUACGGGGUGAUGUCCCAGAGAGUAUAAAGAACAAAAGAGUCAUAUCCUUGGAUCUGGGGUCUCUCAUUGCUGGUGCUAAAUUUCGAGGUGAUUUCGAAGAAAGGUUGAAAAAGGUCUUAACCGAGGUUCAAGAGGCGCAUGGAGAAGUCAUACUAUUCAUUGACGAAUUACAUACACUCCUUGGUCUUGGGAAGGCCGAGGGUUCUAUCGAUGCCUCCAAUCUGCUCAAACCGGCUCUAUCAAGGGGAGAAUUGCAAUGCUGUGGUGCUACCACAUUGGCAGAAUACCGAAUAAUCGAAAAGGAUGUGGCACUAGCAAGACGAUUCCAGCCAAUUUUGGUAAAUGAGCCUACAGUUGAAGAUACCAUUAGUAUAUUGCGAGGUAUCAAGGAUAAGUACGAGGUGCACCAUGGUGUCAGAAUUACGGAUGGAGCCCUCGUGGCAGCUGCAACGUAUUCAAAUCGGUAUAUCACCGACCGGUUCCUCCCCGAUAAAGCCAUCGAUCUGAUGGAUGAAGCGGCAAGCUCGUUGCGCUUACAGCAAGAAAGCAAGCCUGAGGACAUCAUGCGCCUCGAUCAAAAGAUCAUGACAAUUCAAAUAGAGUUGGAAAGUCUUAGGAAAGAAAAGGACGUGGCGAGUCGUGAACGACGCGAAAAGCUUGAAGCAGACCUCAAGAGAUUACAGGAAGAAGAAAAGUCUCUAAGCGAGAGAUGGGAGAAGGAACGAGGAGAAAUCGAUGCUCUGAAAAAGGUCCAGGAAGAUUUAGACAAGGCUCGUAUCGAACUUGACCAAGCGCAAAGAACAGGAAAUUUCGCCCGAGCCUCUGAACUGCGCUUUGGUAUCAUCCCGAAUUUGGAACAAAAGCUUCCUAAGGAUGGUGAGCAAGGACCCGAAGCUCAAGGUCCUGACACUCUGAUCCACGAUUCGGUAACAGCUGAUGACAUUGCAAAUGUCGUUUCGAGAAUCACGGGAAUUCCAGUAUCCAAAUUAACAUCUGGGCAUGUUGAGAAGCUGAUUCACAUGGAGGAGACCCUCCGAGAAUCAGUCCGUGGACAGGAUGAAGCUCUCAAAGCUGUCGCAGAUGCCGUGCGCAUGCAACGGGCCGGUCUAAGCGGUGAUAACCGACCACUCGCGUCAUUCUUCUUCCUCGGCCCUACAGGUGUCGGUAAAACUGAGCUAUGCAAGAAACUGGCCGGUUUCCUAUUCUCAACCGAAUCUGCCGUGGUUCGAUUCGACAUGAGCGAAUUUCAAGAGAAGCACACCAUAUCUCGACUCAUCGGUGCACCAUCCGGAUACGUCGGAUACGAGGAUGCGGGGCAGUUAACCGAAGCGGUACGACGGAAGCCAUACGCUGUGCUACUAUUCGACGAGUUCGAAAAAGCGCACCGCGAUAUCUCGGCCCUGUUACUACAAGUCUUGGACGAAGGCUACCUAACUGACGCCCAGGGGCACAAAGUCGACUUCCGCAACACCAUCAUCGUGUUAACCUCCAACCUCGGCGCCAACAUCCUUGUAGGUGCUGACGCGCACCACCCAUACUCAGAAACACCAGAUGGCCAGAUCAGCCCGGACGUGCGCCGCGCAGUCCUUGACGUCGUCGCCUCGAGCUACCCUCCGGAAUUCCUAAACCGUAUCGAUUCGUUCAUCGUCUUCAAGCGACUGACACUUGAUGCGCUGCGCGAUAUUGUAGAUAUCCGACUCAAGGAGUUGCAGACGCGGCUUGAUGACCGUCGUAUCACGCUGCAGGUCGACGAUGAAGUUAAGAACUGGCUGGCGGAACGCGGAUAUGAUCCGAAGUUCGGCGCGAGACCGUUGAACAGGUUGAUCACCACGGAGAUCGCGAAUGGCCUUGCGGAUCGCAUUAUUCGCGGCGAAUUGAAGCGUGGCGACAAGGCAUCUGUCAAGGUUAAAGAAGGUGGCGAGGGGUUGGAAGUCACCCGUAUUGUACAGGCGGAAAUCGUAGAAGAGGAGGGGACGGGUUCGAGUGAAUCCUCGUAAAAAAGCUUGAGGUGAAGGGAAAUGUCUGUUUACCUACGGCGUUCAUUGGGUGGUAACACAGGGGGGAAAAUAUCCUAAAUGGAAUUGGUCCUGAAAAGGUGCAUUCACGGCGGAUGAGGUAAUGAAGUCAUGCUUGUAUAAACGUGUAUAAAUGAUUGGGAUUUAUAUAUAUCACGAGAAUCUCGUCUCAGACUGUAUAUAUUGUACAUACUAUCUACCUAACUCCAAUAAGCAUAUUUAAUGAGUCUAUUCGAU